AUGGUUGGUCAGUGCACCAUAAACGUCGUUAGUGCCUAUGAGCCUCAUAUGGGCCUCGAUGAGGAGGUUAAACGAUGCUUUUGGGAGGGGUUGGAUGAGAUUAUACAUCAGGUACCACCUAAUGAGAAGUUAUUCAUAGGAGGGGAUUUCAAUGGUCAUAUUGGGUCGAAUGCAGGUGUGUAUGACGAAGUGCAUGGAGGCUUCGGUUUUGGGGAGAGGAACGAAGGAGGAACCUCGUUACUGGACUUCGCUAAGUCUUUUGGGUUGGUGGUUGCUAACUCUUGCUUUUCGAAGAGGGAGGGGCAUUUGGUUACUUUUCAAAAUGCGGUGGCGAAGACUCAAAUUGACUAUCUCCUACUCAGGAGGCGUGACAGAGGCUUGUGCAAGGACUGCAAGGUGAUUCCAGAUAGACUGUGCCUACUACAUAAAAGAGCUGUGUCUGCUAAGAAAGAUUUUGGAGGCAGAAAAGACUAA